UUCUUUGUCCCAGCUCGUCCGCCCUCCGUUUCGUCUCUUGCGAGGAAAGCGGCCGCUUCGAGGACAGCUUCUCACGAGUGUGCUAUAGUCUUCUGCCGCUCUACAAGCUUAUAGACCUUGUUGAGAUUUGGCAACGACUCGAUGCUAAGGAUCGUGGAUCGGAUUGUCCUGAAAUCCGAAGUCAAUCCCAUAAGGAACUGAUAGCAUUUGUCCGUCUCCCUCUGAGCCACGAUCGUGGCACUUGCCCCACAACAACAUCCGGGAUGUCCCAGAUUUCCAUCUUGAUUUGGAAAACCCUAGAUUGGUUUCCCUUGGAGAAUCUCUCCUUGAGGUCUUCCCAUAGGUUCCUGGUGUCCACAACGUAGGCAACCGUGGCUUGAAGACUCCCUUCCAUGGUGUUAAAUAUCCACGUCAAAACGGUGGAAUCGCACCUUUCCCACCUCUCUCUGAGUGGGUCAUCAUCUUCCGGUUUUGCAAGGGUUCCAUCGAUAAAGGCCAGCUUAUUCCUUGCCCGAAGUGCGAUUACCAUGGCACGCGACCACGUCAGGUACAGCUAAGAGAGGAUCAAAAAGGGAAACAAAAUCACAAAUCUUCCCAUAUAUAAUCCUUCACUGAUCUCCAAGUGAACAAAUGCAGUUUCUCUUCUUCCUCCCGUCACUCGACUCGUCUUUCCUUCACUCCCCGACUAUAUACACGCGUCGCCCGGCUCGUCCUCCCGUAUCAUUGUUCGUUCGGGAUGUAUAUCAUGGCGAUGCAGAGGUUUUGCAACGCCAUGCACGGGAUGAAGGCGCCCCUGAUAAUGGUGGUCGUCCAGACUGCGUUCGCGGGCGUUAACAUCCUCUACAAGCUCGUGGCCAAUGACGGUAUGAGCCUCCACAUCGUCGUGGCAUACCGCUUCAUCUUUGCCACCGUGUUCAUGGUCCCCGUAGCCCUCAUCUUCGAAAGGAAGAACAGGCCGAAGUUAACGUGGAAGGUGCUCGUGCAGGCCUUCUUCUGCGGGCUCUUCGGGGGAUCGAUGGGUCAGAAUCUAUACCUGGAGAGCUUAGCACUGACGUCGGCGACGUAUGCUUCAGCCAUGGCAAACAUUAUUCCUGGAAUGACAUUCAUACUGGCCAUCUCCUUUGGGUUGGAGAAGUUGAGGCUGGGAACAAUGGCAGGGAAGGCUAAGGUGGCGGGCACAUUAAUGGGGAUAGGUGGGGCAAUGUUGCUCACCUUCUACAAAGGCGUAGAGAUCGUUUUGUGGUCGACAAAUGUGAACUUGUUGAAGACAACCGCCACCGCAGGCCAUUCUGCGGCUUCGUUGGCCGCACACCAGUCCAGUGAUCGAGCCCUUGGCUCCAUCUUGGCCGUCUGCAGUUGCCUCUGCUACGCCUUGUGGCUUAUCAUUCAGGCCAAGAUGAGUGAGAGUUACCCGGCGCAUUACUCGAGCACGACGCUCAUGUCCUUCAUGGGGUCCAUACAGGCAGUGGCCUUCGCCCUCUGCCGGGAGAAGGAUUGGACCCAGUGGAAGUUGGGCUGGAACAUCCGCCUUCUGGCCGUCUCAUAUGCUGGGAUCAUUGGGUUUGGAGUGUGCAUUACCUUAAUUACUUGGUGCGUGCGCAUGAGGGGGCCUCUGUUCGUAUCGAUCUUCAACCCUCUUAUGCUCGUGCUCGUGGCCUUAGCAGGUUCCAUGGUCCUAGAUGAGAAACUGCACCUUGGAAGCGUGUUGGGAGCAGGGCUGAUAGUGUGUGGUCUCUACAUGGUGCUGUGGGGCAAAGGCAAGGAGAUGAAAAGGCUAAACCAAUUGAUGCCCUCGACUAACUCCAGCGAGUUACCAAAUGUUGCUCAUGUGAUCGAGAUCGUUGUCCCAUCCCCGAAGAUUAGCAUCGACCCAUCAAAAGAUGUAAUGUCAAUAACACGAGGGUAUCAGCAGGAGACGAUGCCCAAGAACUGCCCGGAAACAAGGUCACUUCGCAAUAACAUAGGAUCAAAAGGAAGACAAUAAAGAAGAAGAAAAUAAAAAGUAUGUUUGAACCAACAUAUAUUGACUGACUGAAACGAGACUCAUCACAAACAUUCGAUCCUAAGAAAUCGACCGUAGCCAAUAGCUAUUAAUAGCUGUAGCAAGCUCACACAAAAUUCUGACUUGCCCGAAAACGGGGGCAUUUUCUCUCAGAAGUCGGAAAGUUGGUUGGUAGAUAGAAUCCGGUUCUUUAGUUUGUAUUUUUUUUUUCCCUGCUCGUAGAAUGUACUGCGAAUCGAAAAUUUUAGUGAAUAUAUGUGAAAUGAAAAUACUAGUCUAUCA